AUGGCAUCUCUUAAUCUCAGCCAGGACGAGCUAAAGGCCGUUGAGCAAACGCGGCAACGCCUCUCACAGUUGUCAAACAGCAUCGGCAGCCUCAAAAACGAUGUGAUGCAUCAAUACCCUUUACCACCGCUAGAAUCGCUGCAAGCAUCCGCCGACAUCCUUCAACACAAUCUCCGCACCCUGCUUGACAUUGUGACUCAGCACAACGACCUCUUCACGCGCGUCGCCGUUCAUCCAUCUACAAACUACCCGGGACGUACUCAAGAAGGCAUACUGUUCCAGUUGCUGCGCAAGAAAGCCGACCCAGAUGUGGCCAACUCGAUGGACGAAGGGCGCAAGACGCUCGCCAACCUCGCGCAAGUCGGAACCAGCACCUCCACGACGGCCGCGCCAGCAAGGAACGGCAAUCCCGGCAAUGAUGCUGGCAACAAUGCCACCAAGCAUGCGAUGCUUCUCUCGAUAGAUCCAAAUGCCGAGCAAGACGGUGCCGUCAUGGCGCGGAUUGAGGCGCAAGAGUCGGAGCUGGAGGGCAUAUGGAGCCGCGCACAACAGGCGUGCCACGAGCGCGUCAUGCGUUAUGCGCAGUUUGAAGACAACGACCCAUACACAGCCGAAGAGCGGGAGAUGGGAGUCGAGAACGUACGCACAGGCCUGAGGAAGCCCCUCGAGUCAGAUGACGAGGACGAGGACGACGAAGACGAAGAUGAGGAUGGUGACGGGAACCAGGCUGGCGGCAUGCGCCGGGCCAGUGGAGAUGUUGACGAUGACGAUGUCAUGAUCAUUGACCGACCGCCUCCGCCCCCGGCUCCAGCUGUCAAGGCGCACGAUGUGGACGGAGCCGCGCUGGAGAGCAUACUACGAUUUGGGGCAAGAGGGGAAUUCUUCGCUGCUUGA